AUGUCGUCCUAUGGAGAGCUGAUCCAAGCCCUUCGGGUGCUGAAGAACGUGAAGGAGAAGCGCCACGGGAUCAAGACCUUGGCGAGCCUUUGCGCCAACCGAGCCUUCCAGGUUCGUAUUGUACAACGAGGAGGAUGGCGAACUGCGAUCCUCCCGCUGAUCAUUUCGCUGGACGAGGACUGCCGGAUGUAUGCGGCACUGGCGGUGGCAAACUUGAGCACGUCGGCCGCCACGCACCCGCAGCUGCUGGAGGAGGAAGUGCUGAGGCAUUUGGUUCCCAUUCUUCAAAGCGAAGAAGUGCAGGAGGUCAUCGCCUACGUGCUGAACGCAUUGGGAAAUUUUGCCUGUAGCAAUAUCAUGUGGCAUGAGCUCCAGCAAAUGAAUGCCGCGGAUGGCAUCCUCACAAUUCUGAAGCAAACUCAAAGAGAGGAGAUCAGGAUCAAUUGCCUCUUUUGCCUCGCGAAUCUCACUGCCGAUCCAUGGCACCGGAGGUGGAUGAUGGGCAAGGAGGUCUACGAGAUCAUUUGGGGGUACAUGCAGGACCCGAGCUAUACCAUUAUGUCCUACUCUCUGGCCAUUCUCCGCGGAUUGGCCGUUGAGACAGAGGCCCAGGAGCUGUUUCCAUCCAUGGGUUUGGUGCCUCUGCUUAUCGGCAUCUAUCACAGCCAGUGCCCGCAGUCGCUCAAAACUCUCUCUAUGGACUUGCUCCUGCAUUUCUCCAUGUUCAAGCAGAAUGCAGGCCUGAUGAUGGAGAAGGAGGUGGCUCAAGUCAUCCAGCUUGCGGGAAGGGGCACGGGCCACGUAGAAUACAUUCCGAUUGGCAUUGCCAUCAUUGCCAACAUCUGCGAGAGCGUGGACUUGCAUGACCGAAUAGUCGAGUCACCUUUGUUCGAAGUUCUCACAGAACACAUUCACAACGACAACACCAAUGCAUGUCAUCCGCGCUCUGAUGCAGCUGAGCCUGUCACCGAAGUAUCACCAUGUGAUUCUUACAACUGGAGCGAUGGCAAAUGUGUGCCCCAUCGCUAUGACGGAGAGAUUGAGCAUCGCGAUGCGCACCAACGGCUUGCAGAUGAUGGCUGCCGCUUCUUGGCCGAUGCGCAGAAGGGCCUUUGCCUCUUGGUUCGGCCCGAGGUGUGCGCCACGCACCCUACGAUUUGCAACUCCAUGGAGAACAUCGACAUCCGCCGAGCGGCGGCGCUUGUGAUUGCCAACGCCUCCUCGGACCUGGGGAACCUUGCCAAUCUUGCGCACAAGCCGUACCUGGAGGCUUUGAGCAUUGCGGUCUCCAAAUCUCAGGACUCCGUGUUGGUGGACUACUUGAUGCAGUUCUUUCACAACAUCGUGAAGCUUGAUGGAAAGUCCGGAAGUAUGCUGAUGGCGUGCGGCUUUCAGCGGCAUAUCUUCAACUAUGAACGGCUGGAAUCCUUGUCGAUCGUGUCGGCCAUCUACCUCUGUGACCUUUGCCGCCAAGUGGCCAACACGGACGCGGUGGUCCGCGCCACCCUAUUGGAGGAGAUGAUUUUCUCUGUGCUCACCGAUGCCUGGGUGGUAUAUUUGGAAGAUCCCCGGCUGGCGCCCCAUCUGGCGCUGAUGUGCUCGGCUUUCUGCUACCACGGAGAUGCCCACCAGGAGUUUGUGCUUCAAGGAGGGGUGCGCUUGGUGAUCCAAAUGUACAGCAAGUCCAAGGUGGAGCACGUGCGGCUCUGUUGCCUGCUCUGCCUGCUGUACCUGGCCGAGUCUGGCUCCUCCCAAAGGAGCAUUGCACAAGAGAAGGGCGUCAAGAUGCUACUCACGGCCUGCGAGAACGAGACCCACAUCGACUUGAUCGUGAACUCGCUGAAGGCGCUGAUCCCCUUCGCUUGCUCCGACGAGUUCCGGCCGCAGCUGGGGAUGGACGGGGCCCUGGACACGUUCUCGGCCUUCAUGUUCUCCGACCAACUGCAGCUGCAGCAGUUGGGCAUCUACCUGCUGCAGAACCUCCUGGAGUUCCGAGAGAACCGGCGCAUCUUCCUGGGGGUUUCGGAGGAGAGGAAGUGCGAGGAGGACUACCUGGAGAGCCUCCUGCGGCUCCUGCCCCGGGUGUCCACCGGUCAGCCGCAGCGCAUCAAGGCCAUGAAGAAGGGCAAAGAGAAGAACGACCCGGAGGUGAUCCUCACGGACCACGACCCCUUCGUGCUGAGAUGCUGCAUCCAUUGCAUCGCUCUGGUGAGCCUGGAGCACAACCUGCCCAGCUUCCAGCGCUUCGUGGAUCUAGGCCUCCCAAAGUUGCUCUUCGAUCUGUUCUACAGCGAGCAGAUCGACAAAAGCUCCGGGGAGGCCGUGGUGCUUUUCUUCGCCAACAUCCUGCACAGCGCCAAGCAGAUCCAGGCGCAGAUCAUGAAAGGUGCGGAUAUCGUGCAGCUGCUGCUGUCCGCCCGGGAUAUGCUGUUCUCCCCACACACUGUGUCCCGUUGCCUGUCGGCGUUGCUGUGCAUCGCCCGGGUGCCGGACUUCAAGCGGGUGGUGCUGAGCCACCUGGAUUUACUGAUGGCGGACAUCAACGCCAACUUGAACGCGGAGGAGCGGGACGAGCACUUUUAUCAGAUCGCCGCCCUGCAGUGCGCGCUGCUGUCGGAGCUGGCGAGGGCCAGCUACGAGUACCACGAGCGCAUGGCCAAGGCGGGCAUGGUGGAGGCGCUGUUGGUCUUCAUCACGGUGGCCGGCAGAGGCUUGAACGGGGAGGUGUGCAUCGAGCUGCUCAUGGGCGCCGUCUUCGGCAUCGCGGCGCUGGUGGGGUCCCCCACCGGGGGGGACCACUCCAUGGCCAGCCUCAUCUUCCCGGCCACCCGCAUGCAGCUGCUGCUCAGCCUGCUGCGACUGCCCCAGGAGGACAUCAACGCGGCCUUCCACUCCGGCACCGUGGGCCUGCGCACGCUGCAGCGGGUCAUCUACCCCAACAUCACUCCGGAGGAGCUGCAUGUGGACCAGAUGGAUCUACUCAGCUUCCUGGGCAACUGCGCCAUUAAGCCCGCCAACUUCAUCUACAGGAACGUGAUCCGAACCAUGUGCCUUCUCCUGGCGCACCACGAGAUGGGGCCCAGGGUGCAGCAAGCGAUCGCCCCGAGCAACGUGGUGCCCACCUGCCUCUUUGCCAUGAAAGGCUGCGAGGACACGUACGUCCAGGUCUACGGAUUUUUGCUGGUUGCAAAUUUCAGCCGGGACCGCAGCUUGCUGUACAACUUCCUCAACGAGUCCGCGGUGAUCAACGAGCUGCUGACCACGAUCCGGAGGUCCGCGGCCAGCGCUUCUCAGCCGGAGGAGCAGGUCCCGGUGAGGGAGACGCUGGCCACGGUCACGGGCCCUUGGAGCAGCAGCGCCGUGUCCAGGAACCGCUACAUGCUGGCUAUGUCGGCCCUCACAAACUUUGCGGAGCGUGUCAAGGAGAAGUUCCGUGGGGACGACGGAGAAAUCCCCGUGAAUCCUGACAUGAAGGAUGACGGCGGUCUGGUCAUCUCCAACCGCAUCACCCUGAACAAACUGACCUCCACUUGUAUGAGGGAGUUGGACACCAUUGGCAUGGAGCGGAAGCUCGGAGAGCUUCAGCCCACCGAGGAGUUCAUCGCCAUGCUGCGCGUCUUGGUUUGCGCCAACAACUUCCUGGCCAAGGUGGAGCUUGAGGAUCCCGGGCGUGGUGGAGAGGUGAAGUUGGAAGCUUGGGAUACCAGCUAUGUGAACUUGCUGGGGGACGACAAGAAAGCCAAGGACAACCUGGUGCUGCAACCUCUGCGCCAUGACUUCAGGACUUUGGGGAUGCUACACAGCAAGACGCAGGGUAUGCUGGAGGUGGUGAAGCUUUGCUUGAACUCCGGGCAGGCAUCGUCACUGGUGGCGGCUGUCGUCGAGUGCCUUACCGGCCUCACCUUCCUCAGCCCGCUGAGUAUCCGAGCUCCCUUGGUGGCGUACAAGAUCUCUCUUGGCUGUCCGGAGUGGCUCCAGCCCAGCCUGAUGGCGCUGAUUGCCAACUCCUUGGCCCAUCCAGCUCGCAUCAAGCAGUUCGACGAGGAAGAGCCCGAGUGCAUGCUGCGAGCCCGUUCUGACCAUCUUUUCCCAAUGCUGGCCACCUCGACUUUGGAGAUCCGCCAGAAGGUCCUCGGGGUCCUGGCCAAUGCAGCGGCGCAGGACGAGCUGCUGGAGUUCAUCGUCAACUCCGGGGUCUUCCGCAUUUGCAAGGCCAUUCCGGGCAAGGGAUGGUUCGUGGAGCACUUUGCGCUCAUGAUCGAGCUCACGAGGAUGCUCACCAACCUGACCUGUCGUCCUGAGACGCAUGAAGCCGUGAUGACACCAGACACAAUGGCUUUCCUCCGAGAUGUUCUGAGACAUUGCGCAGUGCUGUUCCACACAGUAGAGCUGAACAAGGAGAAUAAGGAGGAGGAUAAGUUCGAUUACUACGAGGUCAUGUUUGAGCCUGACGACGCUCCACCUCUCGGCCUGAGGAUCCGCUGGGAGUUGCCUCCGCAGCUCACAGAGGUGCUGCCGAACACGCCUGCGGCGCGGGUGGGCGACGAGCUGCGGCCGGGCGACGAGCUGGUGGAGGUGAACGGCAUGGACGUCACAGAGCUGGAGCAAGGCGACAUUGCCCCAAUGUUCGAAGCCCGACCCUUGAAGCUGCUUUUCCGACGGCGGCCGGUGCCACUCGAGGACGCGCUGGACGAUGGCAGCAUGAGGGUUGUUGGCAACAUCCGCAUUGAGGAGGUCAAAAAGGUGUCGGCCUACGGGGAUUCGCAGCAGUACCUGGAGUGCUUCAACCUGGCUGUGCUGGUGGUGCACAACUUGGCGGUGCAGGCCAGCAACCUGAGCCUCCUCCACAGCGAGCCGCGCAUCCUCAUGGUGCUGCUGGAGGUGAUGCCAGCGGACGCGACCUCGCCGUCCUUGCGGCGCCUGAUCUUCUCGACCCUGACGUGCCUUUGUCAGGAGCCGGCAGUCUCAGGGCGCAUCUUCCAUGCCAUGGCGGACUUCUUCCAGAACUGCCAGAAGACGGACUCCUCCCUCCACAAGUACAUCAUGUGCUGCGCCAACCUCUACUACACCAGCAUGUCCCGGGACGAGGUGAAGCCCGACCGGGGCAUGCUGAUGUUCGUGUCGCGGAUCUCCGCGGAGGAGGACGCCAUGGUGUCGCGGCGGGCGCUCAUCGAGAUCCUGCACGGCAUGUCGCAGGCGCCCAGCGAGCAGCGCCGCAAGUUCCUGAGCCGCGAGAUCCUGGUGCUGGCCAGCAGCUACAUGGAGAACUUCCCGGAUAUCCAGAUCCGUGCCUUCGAGUCCUUGUACUUCUGCACGUUGGGCGCGUGCGCGCCGGAGCUGUGGUCGGACCUGGAGAUCCUGCCGCGCAUGGUGCGGGCCGCCGGGGCCGCGCAGAACGCCGCGGAGGCCGAGGCCGGCGAGGAGCUGCGGCGCCACGCGGACGCGCUCUGGGAGAUCGCGCUGCGGACGCUGCACCACUGCCUCCAAUACGAGGUCUUAGUGCAGCAGAUGCGGAUCCCUGACCUGGACCGAUACCUCAUGGAGCUGCUGGUGGACGGCCGGAAGCCCCCGGAGCUGUCGAAGGUGGCCGCUGAUCUGAUCGCCGGGCUGCUGCAGUCCUCCAUCUCUGUGAACCUUUGGACCCGGUGGCGUGGCCUCGGCGUGGGCGAGCGCCUCGUGGGCUGGUUCAAGGUGCAUCGCAAGAAGUUGGAGCCCGAGGACCCCCAGCGGGCGGUCCAGCCCUCCGACAGCCUGGAUGCCAUGCUCCACAUGGUGCUGUUCGCGGUGGAGGUGGACGUGUCCAUGGUGGUGGCGCUGGUGGCGGAGGACGUGCUCGGCUGCAUCGCGCAGCGGCUCCAGGAGCUCUCGGAGAGCUACGAGCGCUGGAACGCGCUGCAGGGGGGCCACCUGCUGACGGAGGACCUGGAGGCAGAGCGCGCCCACAUGGCCCCGCACGAGCUGCUUCCAGGACAGCGCCGCCCCUCUGCAGACGAGGUGGCGAAGGCCGAUGCUUCCUUCAGGAUCAUCGCCCAGCUGCUCACAGCCCUGGUGGCCAAUGAGCACGGUUUAUCAGCCAUGGCAGCGAUGAAUCUGGAGGCGCCUUUGGUGGCGCUGCUGGAGCUGCCCACGGCCACGCUGCGGGUGCCCGUGAUGCUGGUGCUCUGCGCCAUGAGCUCCAACAAGGCGAGCUGCCAAGUGCUCAUGAACAGCGACAAGUUCCUGCGAGUGCUGCGGCGAAUGGAGAAGAAGCUGAGUACACUGGGCGAGGCUCCCCCCGUCAAGGACGAGGUGGAGUACUUGGUUUGCAUCUUGGACCGCAGCUGCUGCCACGCCGACCUCGCCAAGAUUGCGCAGGAGCAGCUCUUCCGCCUGCUUUGCGUGCUGCCUUCCAGGGCGGAGACCUUGUCGGCGCGGCUCAUGGCCCUGCGCGCGCUGAGCCGCUGCUCCUUCGUGGCACCCGAGUGCAUGAAUGACUUCGGCGUCGAGGGGACUGCCUGCCUGCAGUACAUCAUGGCCGUGACGUCUUCCUUGAGCCUGGGGAGUUCCGAGACGGCCGAGAAGGCUGCGGUCCGCCGAAGGCUGAUUCAGGAGGUCAAGGAGUCUUUGGCGGCCAACGCGGCCCUGGCGCCGCUGGUGGAGCACUUCUCCAGGACAAUCCUCUGUGAGGCGGUGUCCGUGUCCCGCAGUGUUUGCCAUGGCGCCUAUGAGCAGCUGGACCUUCUGGGCAUGCUGCAAGACCUGCAGGACUCCUUCGAAGUCACGGUGGCAGACUUUGACCGGCUGGAUGGUAGCAAGGUGGAAGUGGCUGCAGCAGAACUCAUGAACAAGCUUGUUGCCUUGCUACAUGUCCUGCUGUGCACCAUGUUCCGGCAUGGCCGAGCCUCGCACAUGUACACGAAGGAUGCAGAUGAUGUAAAGGAGCGUGCCAAUGGAGGCUUCUCCGACGGCGAUGUGAAGGCCGCAGUGGACGGCCUGAUGCAGGUCCUUGACAAGGUGCAGGUCAUGCUUCAUCUAGGAAGUACUGACAAGGGCCAUGGUGGCAACCUUCCAGAGUUGCUUGCCACCGACAUCCGGGUCCUGUUCUACCUGACAGCUUUGCUCCGUGAGGCGUCCUGCAAGCCGUUGGAUUCCCCAUUCUUGCGGGUGACCCGAUCCACUGCCUACUUCGAAGUGCUGCACUCCUGCAUCAACCUGUCUCUAGCUCGCUUCCAGCGGGAGGCCAAGGGGCCCCCGCCCAGGGACCUGUGCGCGAACAAGCUGAAGGGCGGCCCCACAGAUAGCCCCCUGUCUCAGUUCAUGGACGACUUCGACCUGGGCCUCAUCUUUGAACACCUCAUCGUGUGCUUGAGGCACACCUUGGUGCAGGCCAUGUACAUCGCACCAGAGGUGAGCACCAAGCUCUUGCCCUGGGCUUGGGUGUCGCAAGAGCGGCUACCUAUGCACAAGGACAUCAUGAACUGGCUGCCGCAGAUUGUGAAGCGUUACAAGCACAUCUCCGCCAUCCGCACCGAGACGCUCCGCUACUUUGCCUGUGCCGCCUCCUACGAGUGUGCCCCCUUUGCACGCCCAGAGGACAUCACGAUUGAGGCCGUGGAGGACGACGACCGCUCCGUGACGGACUCGCCCAUGGCGUCGCCGACGGCCCACGGCGACGCCGGCGACGCCGCGGACCCAGGCGCGGGAGCGGCCGAGGUGCCGACGGGCCCCGCGGGUCCCGCAGCCGCGGGUCCCGCAGCCGCGGGUCCCGCAGCCGGUCCCGAGCGGGAGGCCCUGCACGACAGCUCCACGGAGACUCCGGUGGACCCGGCCAUCCGACUGCCCUUUGGCGGCUUGAUCUCCCUGAGGCAGAAGGAGCUCAGAAACUUCUUGGCCGAGGAACUGGAGAGAUCCGAGGACAUGUACUCUCUGUGCCUGGCCAUGCUGUGCGUUGCCAACUUUGCCGCCUACGAAAGGCGGGUGCUCGAGGGUCCGACCUCCAAGAAACUGGGCAAGCACCUCCCAGUGGAGGAGAUGUCUCGGCUGCUGCGUGGAGUUGUGAAAGUGCUGAAGCAAAUUCCGAGCUUCGACGACUGGGAUGUGGCAAACACUAUGACCUUGCAUGCUCUUCGUUUCAUUUGCAACUUGUUGGCCUUCGAGGUGGAGUUCAUCACCGCGGAGCUGCAGCAUCUCAACGCCUUGGAGGAGGUGAGCAAGUUGUUCGAGUACUGGUUCCACGACGAGGACAAGAUUGAGGACGACAAGCUGUACAUCCAGACGCUGCAGAGCUUCAUUCUGUUGGUGCGGAACUGGAGCUGCGGCAGCUGCCGGGCGGAGCUUAAGGUCAAGGAGAAGAAGGAGACUGCCACCUCACGCGAGGAGCGUGACUCUGCGGCGAGCUUGCUGAAGGUCUUCAAGUCGGGCAUCAACGUGCCGUACCUUAUCACUCUGACAAUGAAGUUCUCGAAGACGCUCAUCACAGGCAGACGGCCGAUUCCCAACAAGGACGAGGAGAGGGACAAAGUGAUUGGUGACGUGCUGGUGAUCCUGCAGACGCUGCUCAGGCGCACAGACACCCUCCAGAACAUGAGCUGGGAGAAGGUGGACAUCAUCGACUAUGAGAACUUCCUGUACGUCCUGAAAACUCACCGCCUAAGGCGCACCGAGAUUCUGGAGGAUGAGCAGAUCCUGAACACUUUAUACUUGAUGGUGAAGCAGGCCUUCCCCUUCAAGGGCCUGGUGUUUUUGGAGUAUUUGAUGGAGGUGGCGUAUGGGGACCACCGGGAGGAGCACACGACGCUGCAGGACAUGGCCGCGGUGUGCUGCGCCAUCAUCUCCACGCAAAACGCGACGGACGCGUCCACGCCCACGGUGAACGUGGCCAGCGUGGUGAAGGACAACGCCCAGUUUGUGCACGCGCUGGACCGAGUCCCGGAUCCCAAGAUGCAGAUCUGGCACUACCGUCUGCUCACCGGCUGGAGCCGUCGGCCCAAGGUGCUGGAUGACUUGGUGGGGGAUGCGGAGGCAUUGAAGUUCGUGGUGGACCACCUGCUGGAGACCCACUUGUGCCGCUACAGCGUGGUCAUCGUGCACAACAUCUCUAUGCUGCGGUCCGCCGCUCUGCUGAGCCCCGGGCACAUCUCCACCAUCUGCGAGGCCUACGCCCAGCUGGGCCCCGGCGCCACGCUGCACCGCGGGGACGAGCAGCAGCGGCGCCUGGUGCGGCGCCUGCUGCUGGCCUCUGUGAGGAACUGCCUUUGGCACGGCUCCGGCGCCGGCCUCAGCGACCCGGACAUGCUCAGCGUCAUCAACCUCGUGGCCUGCAUUGAGGACCGACUCUCCCACCGCUGCUCUUGA